GGUGGUAGGAGAAAUUGAAAUGAGCUCCGACAAAGCCUUUCGAGUAAGCCCGUGGCUAGUUCUGAUCUCGUUUUUCGCUUUGGCCCAGUGGUCCAAAGCUAUUCCUCUGCUCCAAGAUGAGGCACUACAGGAACUGAAGGAUUUGAAUUUGACCCAGGCCAAGCUGAUUUCGGAUAAUUCUUCCGCCAAGUGUAGCCUUACCCCCAAUCUUUGCGACUGGCAAUUGCAUCUGUACGAUGGUCACGCAUUCAGCGUGCCACUUGUCCAGGCGGUGCAAAGUACCACCACUCAAUCACCAUCAAAGACUGGUCAAGAACUCUUCGGGUUGACCCAUCAAGACAGUGGGAUGCAGCUGUUUAUUGUGGCUGAGGUUGAGCCCAAGUCGAGACGAGAGUUGCGAAAAAAAAGAAAACUUCGGCGACGAGUCACUUUUAAUCACUUGAGUAAACAGAAAUUUGUCUUGCUGGUCGUUCAAUAA